UUUUGGAAGGCAGGGGAGAGAUGGGGGUGCUAAGUACUUUGCUGGGUUUCUGUGGAUUUGGGGUUGGAGUUUGGGGUGGAGUUGUUGUCGGCUACUAUCUCUUCAUCUAUUUUCAGCCCGCCGAUGUUAAGCAUCCUACAGUUCGACCACUUGUUGAACUUGAUUCAAAAACUCUGGAGCAGAUGCUUCCUGAGAUUCCCUUAUGGGUGAAAAAUCCAGACUUUGAUCGGAUUGAUUGGCUAAACAAGUUUAUUGAAUAUAUGUGGCCUUAUUUGGACAAGGCAAUCUGCAAGACAGCUAGGGAAGUAACAAAGCCAAUUAUCGCUGAGAAUUGUGCCAAGUAUAAAAUUGAAUCCAUUGAAUUUCACACUUUAACCCUCGGUUCACUUCCACCGACUUUCCAAGGAAUGAAAGCUUAUGAAACAGAUGAGAAAGAGUUGAUUAUGGAACCAUCACUGAAAUGGGCUGGAAAUCCGAAUAUUAUUGUGGUGGUUAAAGCAUUUGGAUUGAAGGCAACCUUACAGAUUCACGUAGUAGAUUUGCAAGUCUUUGCUAUACCGCGAAUUACAUUGAAGCCUUUGGUUCCUAGUUUUCCUUGUUUUGCAAAAAUCCUCGUCUCGUUAAUGGAAAAGCCACACGUUGACUUUGGACUAAAACUUCUGGGAGCUGAUGUUAUGGCAGUUCCUGGUCUUUAUAGAUUCGUGCAGGAGACUAUCAAGAACCAAGUAGCAAGCAUGUAUCUAUGGCCCAAAGCACUAGAAGUGCCAAUUAUGGAUCUUUCAAAUGCCAUGAAGAAACCUGUUGGACUUUUGCACGUUAAAGUCAUCAGGGCAAAUAAACUUAAGAAGAAAGACCUUAUGGGUAAAUCUGAUCCUUAUGUGAAGCUAAAGCUCACAGAAGACAAGCUCCCAUCGAAGAAAACGAAAGUGAAGCACAGUAAUCUGAAUCCUGAAUGGAAUGAGGAAUUCAAGUUUAUCAUCAAAGAUCCAGAUUCUCAAGCCCUUCAGAUAAGCAUUUAUGACUGGGAAAAGGUUGGUAAACAUGAUUUAAUGGGAAUGAAUGUUGUGCCAGUGAAGGAACUUGUACCUGAUGAGCCGAAAUCUAUGACGCUGAACUUGCUGAAAAAUAUGGAUCCUAAUGAUCCUCAAAAUGAAAAAUCACGUGGAGAGGUUGUUAUGGAAUUGACAUAUAAGCCCUUUAAGGAGGAUACAACAACCGAGAUGGCUGAUGAUGGAAAUGCGGUAGAAAAGGCUCCUGAGGGCACUCCAGAAGGUGGUGGUGUUCUCGUAGUUAUUGUUCACGAAGCUUAAGAUCUUGAGGGGAAACACCACACUAAUCCGUAUGUGAGAAUUCUUUUCAUAGGAGAGGAGAGGAAAACGAAGUACAUCAAGAAAAACAGAGAUCCAAGAUGGAAUGAAGAGUUUCAGUUUACAUGUGAAGAACCACCGAUUAAUGAUAAACUUCAUGUAGAAGUCCUUAGUAGGCCAUCAAGUCUUGGCAUUCACUCCAAGGAGACCUUGGGCUUUACUGAAAUCAACCUUGUAGAUGUCGUCAACAACAAGCGAACCAACGAGAAGUACCAUUUAAUUGAUUCUAGGAAUGGUCGUAUUCAAAUAGAGUUGCAAUGGAGGAGCACUUGAGAACUACUAGCAGAAAUUUCAAAAGGGAAGAGAAUUGUGGUUUCAUAGGAGAUUUGUUGUCUGCGCAAAGCCUUGAAAGCUUUAUGCGUUCCAUGGUAACGAUUGCCCUUGUACAUAAAAUGCUCGAUUGCUUCCUGUUUCUUUAAGCAUUUGUAAGUUCGGUGUUGUUUGUGACGGCAAAUUCUAGGAAAAUCCUUUUGUGGUACUGUAAUCUGUGUAAUUGUUUGCUCGAUUUCCACAAAUAUUGGGUUAUAGCAAUUUCUUUGUACUUUUAAGGAAUAUAAUUUACUUAUUUGUGUGUGCGUG